UGAGAUUUAAACAUUUUUGUAAGAUGUUUGGAAUCGAGAAAAUUUGUGCUAUAGUUCAUUAAAGGAUCUAUGCUUGUUGAUAAGUAUGCUUUAUAAAACUAUGCUUCAUCUUGGUAGAGAACGAGUUGCUCAUCUCCUCUUUUUGCCUAUUAAACUUUACUGUUAGAAUGGAUGAGAUGUUGACAUAUUGUCCAUUGUUAAGUUUGAUCUUUGCUACAUGUAGAUUUUCUCAUGCUAUCUCAUAUCUUAUUAAUUUAUGCUUUGGAUUGUCAGCAUGGAAGUAUUUUGAUAUGUUUUGUAAUGAAUUGAUUCAGGGUUUGCAAAAUCGAGAGCAAGAAGAUAGGGUUCAUGUAUUACUUAAGACAAAAAAUGCAACAGAGUUAGUUGCUCCAGCUAUUGUCGCGGGUUUAGGUGCCUUAACACAUACAUUGGGCACCAUCGUCCCUAUGAUAGGAGCAAGCGGAUUGGCUAUCGCUGCAGCUGCAACUACUACUGCUAUAGGAAUUGUUGUCAGUAGUUUUAGAUAAAUUCUUAAUAGUUAUCGGUAUGUUUAGAAAGUUAGAUAUGCAUAGUUUUUAUGGUUUAAACUUUUUGUACAAUUCAGAACUUAAGGAUAUAGUUUUCGAAUGUUUGG